CGGAGCAGGGUGUGAAGAUGGCGGACGAGGAGGCCGAGCAGGACCGCAGUCCUGAGAACCGAAUCACUGAAACCAUCAGGGAAUUAAGACAACGGUUACAAGAACUGCAGGAAGUGGUCGUCCGAGAGGGUAAUGACUCCCCGGUCCAGUCCUCCUCUGAGUUCUGCCAGGAGUUCUGCAGGACGCUGUUGGAGUAUGCGGGCCGGUGGAGGAUAGAAGAAGAGCCUUUACCGCUGGUGGAAGUGUACAUAGUCGCCCUACAGAGUUACGCCCAGGCCUCGCAGCAUCUGUCCCUGCAGUGUGAAAGUGUUCCUCUUGUGGUGGAGAGGCUCUCACUGAGUUUUGUGGAGCUUUUGCUCUCACUAAAGGAGGACGUCCCAGAUGUUAUAUGGAAGGAGUUCAAAUCAUGUGUGCAGUUUUCUUCCAGUAAGCUGCAGGAGAAUGGGAUCACUCAGCUCUCCCUGCUGUCUGCUCUUGGCCAUUAUGACGGAGUUUGGACCAACAGAGUCCUGCAAGGCCUCCUGUCCAAUGAGAACCUGCCAACUGAACAAGUUGAGGAGUUCCUGGUGCAGGAGGGGACGGUGCUGUCAGAGAUGAGAGUGAAGCAGCUGAUGAAGGACAGCCAGUCGGAGAAAGCUGCACUACUGGCGAAGACAUGCUCGGAGUGUGCUGCCUUUCAGGGAAGCGGGUCUUUCAAGCAGAUGUACCUCGUCUGCCUCUGUGCUACCUCAGAUCAGGAUCAGCUGAUGGAAGUGCUUUCAAAGGAGGACUGUCGUGAUGCAUUAGAGAUGAUCUGUAACCUGGAGUCAGAAGGAGACGAGACUGCAGCUUUCAGCUUAUGUUCAGCCUUCCUAACUCGACAGCUUCUGCAAGCAGAUACAUACUGUGCCUGGGAGCUCACUCUGUUCUGGAGCAAGCUGCUGAAGCGGUUGGAGCCAUCGCAGCAGGCCUUCCUCGACAAAUGCCGCCAGAUGUCCUUACUGUCCAAGACCGUGUACCACAUCCUUUUCCUCAUCAAGGUCAUCCAGUCAGAGAUGGACAGCGUUGGACUGCCAGUCUGCAUUGAAAUGUGCAUAAGGGCUCUGCGGAUGGCCUCAGAUGAUGGAAGCACCAAGGCCACUGUGUGUAAAACUAUUUCCUGUUUGCUACCCACUGACCUGGAGGUGAAGCGAGCCUGCCAGCUGACAGAGUUCCUCUUGGAGCCCACAGUGGACUCGUACUACGCUGUGGAGACUCUUUACAAUGAACCAGAUCAAAAACUAGAGGAGGAGAAUAUGCCUGUCUCUAACUCGCUACGCUGCGAGCUCCUGUUGGUUUUUAAAACCCAGUGGCCUUUUGACCCUGAAUUCUUGGACUGGAAAACACUUAAGCGUAAUUGUCUGGCACUAAUGGGUGAAGAAGCUUCCAUAGUGUCGUCCAUUGAUUUACUAAAUGAUACUGAGGAUCCAGAGGAAGAGGAAGACUUCUUCAAUCAGGAGGAGUUCAAUAAUCUACCCGACCACUUAGUAAGUGGCACCUAUGAACUAGGGGAUAUAACAGACCGGAAACAAAAAAACCGAGAGAUGAAGAAACUGAGAGACAAAGGAUUUGUAUCUGCACGGUUUAGAAACUGGCAGGCAUACAUGCAGUACUGUGUGCUGUGUGACAAGGAGUUUCUGGGCCACCGGAUUGUCCGCCAUGCACAGACUCAUUUUAGCGAGGGAGUGUACAGCUGCCCGAUAUGUGCUGAAACCUUUACCUCAAAAGACACAUUGGUUCCACACGUGGCGUCACAUGUAAAGCAGUCAUGUAACGAAAGGUUGAGUUCAAUUAAAACAAACAAGAAACUGGCCGAUCCUACAGCUGUUAUUGCAGGGUUUAAUGCAAAGAGAGAAAAUGGACUCCAUGCAAAAGCUGAUUCUCAAAGAAAAAACGGCGGGUUAGUGCAUAAAGCUAAGGUCUGUGAGGCUCAGUCUAACAUGGACAGUAGUGAUGACAAUGUGUGCCCUGUUGGAGACUGCAGAAGAAGCUACAAAUUUUUCAAAAAUCUUGUGGCACAUGUUAAAGGUCAUGGGGACAACGAGGAGGCUAAGAUUUUUCUCGAGAUGCAGAGUAAAAAAGUUAUUUGCCAUUACUGCCGCCGCUACUUUAUUAAUGUCACCCAUUUAAAUGAUCAUUUGCAGGUCCACUGUGGUGUGAAGCCUUACAUCUGUAUACAGCUGAACUGCAAGGCAGGUUUUGUGUCCAACACUGAACUCAUGGUACACAGGAAAACACACAGUACUUUUAAGGUUAGAUGCAUAUUUCCAAAUUGUGGCAAGAUUUUCAAUGAGCCCUUCAAACUCUACGACCAUGAGGCACAGCAUUAUAAAACAUUUACUUGUAGAGUUGCGGAUUGUGGAAAGGUUUUUCAUUCACAGCAGCAGCUGGCUGCACACAAGGAAGAGCAUGCUCCCAAAAAAGAGGAAUGUCCAUCUCCUGAACAGAUGAUACCGAAGAAAAAGCCGUGCACUUCACUCAUUGAACAAAUGCUUGCAAAUCAUACUCCCAUUAAGCAAGAAAAUUCCCAAGAAAACUGGAACACUGAAAGGGCUAUUCCUGAACAUGAGGGGCCAUUGUCUUUGGAGAGUUUGCUGAAAUCUUCAGCACCUGUUGAGACACCAGGCCAAUACAGGGACAACCAUGAACAACAGAAUACACCUUUCCCAACCAAUCAGACUCAGAGUUUACAUCAUUCUGUUAUUCAGCCUGUGAAUCCCAACUCGUCUAAUACUCAUGGAAACAGAGAAAGUUCCUGUGGUCCUUCUAUGGAUUAUAUGAGACCAGCUCCACAGAAUCAUCCAGUACCUUCAUUUAAAGCCAAUAUAGGUAACUUGUCUCAUAACUUUAAUGCAGACGUCUUACAAGGCCAGCCACACAUGUUCCACAACACUGUAAAUUCUGCAUCUGUGAGUUACAACUCCAACAGCAUCUUACCAACAACAGGGCAGCAGGGGAUAAUGUGUGCUAACAACCUACCAACAGCCCCCCAACUCCAGAACUCUACUAUGCCAGUGAUGUCCCUACCACUCCCACCAACAGUUGUCCCACAGCCACUUACUGGAAACCGACCAGAGAUCUCGGUUACCUCCUCCACCAGCACAGCUACACCUCCAGGACUGAAGGAGCGAUUCCACUGUGCGUUCGAAACAUGUACCAGGCACUACAGCUCUCACAGAAGUGUUGCUAAGCACAUGAAAACUCUUCACCCAGAUUUCUACGAACAGUGGAAAGUUAAUCGAACAAAAAUCAAGAUAACCUACGCUCCAGUCAAACAUAUCAGUCCAGUCGUCUCAUCGCAGAACCAGCAGUUGAACCAGGGACAAGUCCAUUCAGUUCAGAGGCAAAAUGUUAUCCAAUCACCUCCUUACACAAAUGUGGGUACAAGCAUGAAGUACAAUGCUUUACAUUCCCUUCCAUCAUCUGCCCACAACCAGAAUGCUUCCCUUCUGAUGCAAAAUGUUUUGAAUCCAAUAGUUCUCUCUCAGCUUGGCGAGGAAACUAAUCCAAUACCUGCACAGCCCCAAGUGCCAGUUAGUCAAAACUGGCCUUUGGCUCCUGGAAGUGGACAAAUACAAAACUGUGGCUCUUCCCUAGUCUAUCCAGCCAAUAUGCAAGUGAUGCCACACGUCAUCUCUGCAAGUGGCACUCUGCCACUCAGUGUCCCAUCUUGCUCUGUGAUUGGUUCAACAAUUAACCAACCAGAUAAGUCUUUGCAGCCACCGGCUGUGGAAAGUAUGAGCCAGUCAGUUAUGCCCCUGUACACAGACAGUGCUAAUCAAGUGUCACAACAACCGUUGUUGCAAGCAUCACUGAUGCAAAGCAGUGUAGUUUCCAGUUCUAGGGUACCAGAUAAGUCCAAGUGCAAUGAUAAAUCAGUACAAAGCCAGCAGUCCCAUUUUUCUUCUCUGGCCAGUGCAAGCCAAAACGCCAGUAACAAUCAACCUCAAAAUGGCCCAGUUGUGUCUAAAAACACCCCUGAAAACCUAAAGAGAGUCAAAAGAAGUGCAAGGACAAAAUGGCCAGCUAUUCUUAAGGAUGGCAAGUUUGUUUGUUGCAAGUGUUUUAGAGGAUUUGAUAACCCCAAGUCCCUUGGAGGCCAUUUGUCAAGGGGUACCAGCUGUAAACCAUACCAAGAGUCAGAGUUGAACUCGGACCUGCCAGCAUCAUUUCUUGGCCUUCUUAAUUCAGAGCAAACAGUUGGCAACACACAGCCACAGUUGCCUUAUAACCCUGGCCCUAUUUUACAGGAGAAGCCCCAUCAAGCAGUUGCCAAUGGAUCAACAGUCACAAACAAUUACCCAACUCCUAAUUAUGCACAGAAUAAUGUGCCUCUGUAUGGGAAUGGGGAGUCAAAUGAAGACCUUCUGAAACAAAUCAUGAACGAUUCCAACAUUUCUGAACUUUGUGUGCCCACACCUGCUACAAUUCCAUUGCUCCAAAAUCCUUAUGGAGUAUCUGAACGUUUACCGGGUAGUUCAGUCAUACAGCAUACAGAAAAUAUCCAGCCGAAGCGAGUGGAUAACUCGUAUAGUUCAGCCCCUUAUCCUAAGGCAAGCGAUACAUUCGCCAGGAGUGAAUUCCCUGACCCACUACUUUCUCAAAUUCUCACAGAAAAUCCAGGAAGUCUUCCCACAAACAGCAAUGAAGGCUUCACUCGCAUUCAGACACCAGAUAGAAAUGCAAACCCAGUGAUGCAACCACUUUUACCUGAUAGUCAGCUUAGCCCAGCAACAACAAGUGGCACACAGGCUGAAACACAAAGGAAGAAAACCGAGCAAGACAUUAAAAAGAGACUGAGGGAGCAGAUUUUGGCAGGUGACCUUCAGCGUAGGAACAGUAUAUUUCAUUCAAGCAUUACUGACCCCAAUGCAAAUUCAAAGCCUUUUGUGCCCAUGCGCAGCCCCUCUAGUAAUGCUGGCCUUAAUUCCCAUGUAGCAAAGAGUGACUCCUCAAGUGAACCAAAAGUUAUUCAAGAAAACUCAUCAAUCAUCCAAGGGACCUCUGGCACAAUUGAACAACUACUAAACACACAGAGCUUUACUGGUUUCAGAGAGUCGUCUAGCAUGAAGCAGGAGGUAGUGUCCCCCACAAGGGUCACAGUCAGUGAUGCAGAUCUCGAGCCCACACUAUUAUCUGCCUGCCAGCAGCAGCUGAUGGUAGAAAUUCAAAGUGCAUUUGAAAGGCUUAACUUAGUCAGAGAAAUGUCUGAUCAUAUGUCAUCUUCAAUGAAACCAAUCAGCCCUAAUACAAACAGCCACACAUCACCCGUGAAGGUUGAAAUUCCUUGCCCAGCAUCACCAAACAUUGUUAAGCCAUUCGCUUGUGAGAACUGCCAUUUUAAUACUCUGUCAGGUGAAGCUCUUUGGAAACACCUCUCUAAAGCUCACAGCUACACACUUGAGAUGGUGAAUGUGGUCAAAAAAAGGUAUGGUGAAUAUGCUCCUUACAAGUGUCAAAAAUGCAACAAAAGAUUCACUCGUAACUCAAACCUUCGCACUCACUACCAUUCAGUACACAAACUAUCAGGCAAGGAAAUCGAAGAACUGGAUUUGAAGCGCAGAGAGGCCAGAACUGCUGUUGUUAAUAACUGGCGUCUUAAUAAAAACCAGGCUCUAACAGCUCCAUCCACAAUGGUGGAUCAAUCCAAGAAUGCCGCUCAAUCCCUGAAUGCUUCUCAAUCAGUGUAUUCGGCUCAGUCCGUGAAGGCUACUCAUUCAUUACCGGAGAUCAAAACACCUGUGCAUUCACUCCAACAGGCAGUAAAACGUAACUGCCCAUCUCAACCCUCUACCAGCAUCAAGCAGCCAAUAGUUAAACCAAUCAUAGAGGUUCCCAAGAAGAAGAAAAAGAAUCCAAAGUCUGGUGACUCAAAGAGUCCGUACAGACCUUACCGUUGUGUCCAUCAGGGCUGUGUGGCAGCCUUCACCAUCCAGCACAAUCUGAUCCUGCACUACAGGGCUGUUCACCAGUCUGCUCUUUCUGCGUUGGAGGUAAACAAGGACCAGGACCAGAGUGAGGAACUGGAUGAAAAAAUGGACCAUGACGAGGAAGACCUACAGCCAGUGAUCCCUCGAAUUUCAGAAUUCAGAUGCCACGUCAAAGACUGCUCCCGUGUUUUCCAAGAAGUCCCCAGCCUUUUGCAGCACUACUUUCAGCUUCAUGAAUUCAGUGUGGAAAGAGUCAGCAAUAUCUUGUCUGGUGUAAAGCUUGGCCGGUUUGCUUGUGGCCACCAAGAAUGCUCAGUAUCCUUCACUUCUUUCUGGAGGUACAUAGGGCACGUCAAAGACCACCACAAAGAUAUGAAGCUAACCAAAGCAGAACAACUAAAUGCUAUGUUCAAGUGUGAAAUUGAAGGUUGUGACCUUGCAUACGCCACAAAGUCAAACAUGCUCAGGCAUCUCAUGAAAAAGCAUAAUGACUUUUACCAGCAUAAACUGAAGAAUCAACACAUGAAGGAAGACAGGAUGAAACCCAAGACUUUGCUUUACCAAAUAGCAAAGACAAGUAACGGAAAGGAAAACAUUGAGACUAAUAAAAAGAUCCUACAGAGGGCAAGGGAUGCCAAGAGAAUGCACAAAUCAAAAAGCAGUCACUGGACCAAAUAUGGGAAACCCUCCUUGAAAUCUAAAGUUGAGGCAUCUGCAAUGUGCACCAAGAAAUUCCCUUUACAGUACCCCUGUAUGAUUAAAGGUUGUGAUGCAGUCUUGAAAUCGGAACGAAACAUAGUCAAACAUUACAUUGGACAUGGACUUUCAGAAAAAUACCUGGAACUGCAAAGAAGUCAUUUUAUAUUCUGCAAGAAGUUCGCAAAGCACAAGUAUCACCCAAUCAGGAGUGACGAUUCUAAAUCCGACAACACCUCUGAAGUGUCUGACAACGAAGUGACCACAGACGGCCAGGAAAUAGGAGAAAAUGGACACCCAAAACCCCUCCUACGGCGAAGGGCCCCAGCAGGAAUCCCAACUCUGUUCGACAGCAAAAUCUGCAACGGGGAAAGUUCGGACGGCUCUUUGGUGGUCAAACGUAAACGUGGGCGCCCUCGAAAACUGGUGGGGAAAAUAGUUAAGCGCAAGAAAAUCCCACGCAUGAAAAAGGUUGCCGUAGUCUACAGCAGGGAUGAUGAAUCAGACUCCUCCUCCCCUGCAGUCAUACAGGAGGAGACAGCUGAGCAGAGUGCUUCACUGGCCACUUUUAAACCAAUGGGAUUUGAAAUGUCGUUCUUACAAUUCCUCACGCAGUCAAAAAAAUGUGAAAUUCCUUUGACUCGGGCAAUUGUCGAUCCAGAAACAUGCACAAGAAUUCUUAGUCCAACCAGCAAAGACACUUGUGUUAAGUUCAGCAACCGCGCUAAAAUCAAAUCACUGAAUAGGGUUAGAAUCAUUAUUGACAAGGCCUUUAAAAGUAUCUCUGAACGCAUGUUGAAACAGCUGCAGGACAUGCAGCCCAAAAUCGUGUUGGAAAAAAAUCAUUGAGUAGUCUUCUUUUCUUUUCUUUUUUUUUGAAGCAGAAUCUCAGGACUAGAAUGAGUAGAAUCUGCUGCAAACCCCUGGUUCCCUUCAAAAAUGUUUUUACACAUCCAGUUAUCAAAAAAGAACAGUUGUUUUGAAAGAUACUGUAAUAUAGCCUGUACAUUUUUUUAUAGAACAGUGUAUAGCAUGUUUUUAUUUAUGGACUCAGAAGUUGUGAAGUUUUUUUUUUUUUGUUUGCUGAAAAUUGAAAUGUGAUACCAGUUCUGGUAUCUUAAUCAUCCCUGUGGGAAAAGUGACUUUGAAACGGAUUUACUGUUGUAUGUAGUUUGUGAUCUGAAGAUGUCAAUUGUUGUGCAUUUGUGUGUAUAUAGUUUGAAAUCACCCACUGCCACCAGCAGUCUUACUAUUAAACGAUCCGCUUUUCUACAACA